UGAGUCUGUUUCUGUUUUGUAGAUAAGUUCAUUUGUGCCAUAUUUUAGAUUCCACAUAUAAGAGCUAUCAUAUGGUAUUUAUAUGACUUAAUCUUUUUAAAGGAACAAAUAUGGUAGAAUAGCUGAAAAAGGGAUUUGGAGUAAGACAUAACUAUCCGUGUCAUCUUGGGUCAUUUAUGUUUUCUUUCUGAACCUGAGUUUUCUGAGCUAUGAAAUGAAAACAAUAACACUUUACUUACUGGGUUCUCCUGAGAAGUAAAUGUGGUAACACUUGUGGAGUACCCAUUACAAUACCUGUAAUAGUGUAGUAAGGCCAUAAUCAUUCGUUUCUUUUUCAGAGAUAUUCUUGAAAAUACAGUAUUUGUACCCAAUUUUAGAAAUUCAGUGGAAUUGAAAUUUUCUCUCAUCUUGUAUGGUCAACUGUAUCCAUUCAGUUGUAACAGAUGAUCUCGGCUUUUGCUCUAGAUAAAAUAGAGGCUACUUGGGAUGAGCUUUCUAACGUUUCUGUUUUUUCUAUUACAGAAUCAACUGCAAUUGUACCCAGUAUUUCCUACAUUGUGCUGAUCUCAGGAAAAACAGAUGUGGCUGCUCGACUUCGACUUCAAGUUGAUGAGAAAAGAAAGUCCAAAACGACACACAUGGUGCUCCUGGAGAUCAUUAAAGAAGAAGGCCUCCUGGCACCAUAUCGAGGGUGGUUUCCAGUUAUCUCCAGUCUCUGCUGCUCCAAUUUUGUCUAUUUCUACACUUUUAAUAGCCUCAAAGCAGUCUGGGUCAAAGGUCAACAUUCUACUACUGGAAAAGAUCUGGUAGUUGGAUUUGUUGCAGGAGUGGUGAAUGUGCUGCUAACAACUCCACUCUGGGUAGUAAACACCAGACUGAAGCUGCAAGGGGCAAAAUUUAGGAAUGAAGACAUUGUACCAACCAACUACAGUGGUAUUAUUGAUGCUUUUCACCAGAUCAUUCGCGAUGAAGGAAUCCUGGCUUUAUGGAAUGGCACAUUUCCCUCCUUGCUGUUGGUCUUCAAUCCUGCCAUCCAAUUCAUGUUCUAUGAAGGUUUAAAACGGCAGCUUUUAAAGAAACGAAUGAAGCUUUCUUCUUUGGACGUGUUCAUCAUUGGUGCAAUAGCCAAAGCAAUUGCCACCACGGUCACCUAUCCUCUGCAGACAGUACAGUCAAUUCUGAGGUUUGGACAUCACAGACUGAACCCAGAAAACAGAACACUGGGGAGUCUUCGGAACAUUCUCUAUCUUCUUCACCAACGAGUAAGGCGUUUUGGAAUAAUGGGACUCUACAAAGGCCUUGAAGCCAAACUGCUGCAGACAGUCCUCACUGCUGCUCUCAUGUUCCUCGUUUAUGAGAAACUGACGGCUGCUACCUUCACAGUCAUGGGGCUGAAGAGCGCACGCAAGCGCUGAGGCAUCUUCCACCGCCAGGCACUCAGAGAUGCUCAAGACGGGAUCCUUCUCUGUGAAGAGAAGCGGUUCCCCUUUUACUUGCUCCUUCCACUGAGAAUUUUACCCUCAUUGGCUUGAAAUGCAUUUAAGUUUACACAUGGAGUAUAGCCAGCUUGACCUGUUACCAACUUAGUUUUUAUGAUGGUUGGUUGAAUUUUGUGGGGGAGGUUGGGCCAAUGGCCAUAUGAAAAGAAAACAUUAUUGAAAACCUAAAAAUGAAAGUUUAUGGGGGUUUAUUGACUUUUUUGAGGGGGAUGGACUCUUGCUCUCAUGCAUAAUCUUUUCCAGGUAAAGGUAAAGUAUUUUUUAGAUUUGCCAGAUGGUCCCUUUCCCUUGAACCCUACCCCAGGUCCUAGGGCAAAUUUGCUACCAUGUUAAUUCUCCUCAUAUACUUUUGUAUGUCUUCAUCUUGGUAUUUUCUUCACUAAAAAUGUUAUGACUAUGCCAUAAGCAUGACUUUAUUUUUCUUGGCAUUUUUUUCCUCCUGCUUAAGGAAAGGUAUCUUCUUUAGUGUGUGAGCUAUUUAUUUUGUGGGGGAAAUGAAAAUUAUUAAUUCCAAAUGAUUCUCUUAUAAACUAUUUGUAAAUAUCACUUAUUUAGUAUUUGACAUAAUUUUAAAAUAUUUCUUUUGAAUCAA